AUGACCUGCCGUUCCGCCUCGCCCUUUCGUGUGUGUGUCUAUAUCUCCCCUUGAGGCACAACCAAUCUACGGGAAGGAUAAGGAGGCAUCCGGCCUUGCACCGUAGCUUCCGUCACCAUGUUUCGGCGUAGCCAUCCUGCGAGCAAGCUCACGAACACGGAGCUGAAGAAACUUGAGCAACUCUUCCUGAUGGUGGACAGCUGCACCCUAGACAUGCAGCGGGGCCAGAACACGUCUUCACAGCUGGCUGAUGCAAUAAACGGAUAUCCCAACGCAACGAUGGUGUACGAGGUGAUGAGGCGCAUCCGCAAGUGCUUCAAGUCCAGCAACACCCAGGUGGUCCUGAGGGCACUCGACCUGACUGAUACCCUCAUGCAGUCCUGCGGGUCGCACGCGAGGAGGGAGGUCUCCUCCGAUAAGUUUCUCAAAGUCAUCGGCAAGCUUUGCAAGGUUACGAAGACGAGACUCGACCCGUCGUGGCAGAUGGUGUCGGAGCGAGCGCAGGAGCUGGUUGCCGGUUGGGCCAGCGAGAGGAUGGUGGGAUCCGGCAGCCGGUUUACUCAACUGUACGAAAAUCUUAGACGAGACGGCGUGCCGUUCAGAGGCGGCAGCGGCAGCGGCAGCGGCAGCGGCAGGAACGGCGCUAUCGGGUCCGGGGCGAUGGGGCGGGGGUUCGGCGGCGGCGGCGGCGGUGGAGGAGGAGGAGGAGGAGGAAGAGGGGGGCGCUUUCGAUCGGCCGGGGGCAGCGUCCUGCGGCCGGGAGACGAGAGUUACGACGAGGAGGCCGACCUCGCGGCCGCAAUUUUUGCCAGCAGUAUCUCGGGCACCGUGGGAGGCGAUGGCGGCGGCGGCGGUGGCGGCACGGGAGGCCGGGCGGUCAACAGUGGCUUGCCGACGGCGGAGAACGGCGAGUUGCUAAGCAUGGUACCUCCCACGAUCGAGGCUCUCAUGGACAUCAUGGAGGGCAGCAAGGAUCUCACGGAGCUGCUUGGCAACGAGGUGGCCCCGGACGUGGUGGAUCAAACAAGAGAUUUGGUCCAGCAGGUCAUCAAGAAGGUUGAGGAUUUGGGCCAAAGCGGCAACCCGGAUGAGAAGGACCUGGACCGCUACUUAAAAGCGCACGACGACUUGCAGACGGUGCUACGCGUUUACGAAGGCGUUGUUGACGGCAGCGAGACCUUGCCCCUCUCCCGCAGGGGCGGCGGCGGUGGCACUAGAGGAACCGGCGAGGCGACGGCUGCCGCGGAGGCCGUGUUUGCCGCCACCGCCGCCGCCGCCAAAAGCAAUGGCACCGCCUACAGCGGCGACGACAAUGCGGUCGAGGACGGCGGGGCCGCAAAGAAUGGUGCGGCGGGGGCGGGGGCGGCGGCGGCCGCGGCUACGGCCAGCGGAGGCAGGAGUAGUCCCGCACGGGGAAACCUGUUGGACCUCGAGGAGAACACUCCGCUAGAUACGUCUAUGACCGGAGAAGGCGCCGGGGGGAUGAUGGUCGCGUACACCGAUGGGCAGUUCAUGGCCAGUACCUCGAACAGCGUCGGGGGCGUGAGCGGUGUUGGUGGCGUGGGCUUCGAUAGCUUGUCCGGCGCUGGACAGGGGAGCGCGACCGCCAGCAACUAUGCGAGCGCCAGCGACACCGGAGCGGUGUACGGCAGCAACCAGUUCGGGAGCAACAACAAUAGUAGUAGUAAUAACCUCGGGAGCAUCAACUUCGGCAGCGGCGGGGGUGGCGGAGACUUCUCGUCUGGCUUCGCCCCGAGGGACCCAUUCGCGGCGGCGUUCGGGGGAAGCGCGCCCAGCGCAGCGGCGCCGGAUGUCCCCCCGGGCGCGCCAGAUGAGCCCGCCCCGCGCCCGCUGCCGGCGUUUUUCCCCGGAGGCAUUCCCGGGAACCAGUCGUCGUCGAUCGUCUCGGUGACGUCAUCAAGCGCCACGAACCGGAACCAAGGCGUGCUGGGGGUCGCUCAGCAGCGGCAGUCCCUGUCCACGGACUUCGGGUCUUGGAUGUCGUCCAGGGGCGGGCCGGGCGGGCCGGGGGACCCUUUCGCACCGUCCCGUCCCUCCGCGGGGUUCGCGAACGGGCUCCUGGGAGGUCCCGGGCGCCACAAGCUGUACUCUCUCCACGAGUCGCCGUCUCUUGCUUCAAGCAACGGUGGCGGCGUCGGCAACUAUGGCAGCGUGAUGGCCCCCAGCCCGUCACUCUCUGGCAGCGUCGGCGGCGGCGCGGGCGGGGGAGGCGGGGCCUCCAACCCUUUCGAGAUGACCUCGGGGGUUGCUGCGCCCGCUGCGAGGGCCGAAACUUCGGAUCCGCUCUCGGCUGGAGCGAACGGCACCGGAGGCGGGGUUCUCGCUGUCGGGGCAGCAGGAGGGUUAAUUCCUCCACAGCAGCAGCAGCUGGGGAUGUUGCCUUCGUCGACGACGUUUGCUUCGGGGAGUAGCGGCACCAAUCGUAACCGGUCAUUCUCCGAGUACUCUGCUACCAGCAGCCAGGGCCCCCAGCAGCCGCAACAUCAGCAGCAGCAGACGUUGCAGCAGCCAUUCCCGUCCCCGGCGGGUCAGGCCGCUCUUCCGCCACAACAGCAACAACUUCGACAGCAAUCUCAACAACAACAGCAACAGCAAGGUUCGAUGUGGUGGCAGCCCCAGCCACAGGGACAGCCCCUCCAGGGGCAGGCCCAACAAGGCUCCCAGCAACAGCCGCCGCCGCCGCAGCAGCAGCAGCAGCAAGCUGCUGACCCGUUUGCGGGGGGCAUGGGACUGGUAGCCAGGGAUCCAUUCGCGCAGGCGCAAGCUCCAGCGGGUCAGGCCCCGAGAGUGAACAACCAGCUGGGGGGCGCGGCGGGCUCAGGUAGCUUCGACCCCGGCACAAGUCGAACACUGGCGGGCGGCGACUCGUCGGCGGCGUUCGGUCAGGCUUUAUUCGCGACAGGGACUGGCGGAGAGAGCAAGUACAAUCCGUUCGACGACCCCCCCGCUACUACGAUGUUUGGAGGAGCGCAACAGCCACCGCCGCAGCAGCAGCAGCAGCAGCCACUACAGCGGCCGCGACAGCAAGGACAACAGCAGUUCCCUCAACAGCAGCUGCCGGUGCAACAGCAGCAGCAGCAGCAGCAGCAGCAGCAGCAGUUGCAGCAAGUUCCGCAACCGCCGUUCCAGCAAGCCCCCCAGCUGCAGGGCUACGGAGAACUGCAGCAACAGCCCCAGCAACUGCCGCAACAGCAACCGAGCAACGGGACUACACAACACUUCGUAUAAAUAGUACCAUCAUGUCGAAGUAGAAAUGAUGGUGUUUUUAUGACGUUUUCAUCCAGCCUCUUGCAUACUUCGGACCUGUCGUAUGUCUGGGGCCUAAGAGUCGCAGGGAAAGUUCCCAGAACGUGGUAAGGUCGUUUUGGAAUAUGUUCUGUGAUACGCCUCUCUGCUGAAGGCGGUUAAAUAGUCCUUUGGGGGACCGGGGUUGCUCAUACCCUUUCUCCCACCUCCAUGGUCGGGUCUCCUAGUUAGUUUAUUUUAGUGUUUUGUGGAAAGGCGUUCGACUUUGAUGUUGUCGACACUUUUUUCUGUCCGCGUGUGCGUUCAUGGGCCGAUGAUGGCGAUUGUGAGUCCGGAGCGGGGUAGCUCGUCAAAGGCAUGGUUACACCUUUGUGUUCAUGCUUCAUGUUGCCGGGAAGGACUGUUGUUUCUCCGUUCAUCUGGGUGUCUUUACGGUCGCGCGUGAAUCAUGCCUGCACGCACACGGGUAGAAGAGACGGAAGGAUAUUCCUUCCCCGUUCUUGCUGUAGUGCCCUUGUGUGUUUUGGACGAAGUAGUCAUGCGGCCAAAAAUCCGUCUUUUCAUGACGUCUGUACAUACGUACAGUAGCCACCAGACCAGGGUCAAGAAAAUCUCACGCACCAGCAGAAGAAAAUGAAAGCUAUUUUGCCAUACCAUAUCCCAGGCUGCACGCACACUCGUGUGCAUUUAGGCGUCGGAAAGCUUACCUCGGGCGGAUAGGAGGGGUGUUGGCUGCUUUCCGGACAGUUUGUGGGUUUUAAAUGUAGGUUCUCUUCGGUAAAUAUUGCUGUAGGUGACACGAGUAUUUGCUGUCGCAGCACCCGGGGUGUAACCUUGCGUUCCCUGGUCCGAGUUGCUCGAGACAGCAUGGGGUUUGACUGCAUGCCGGGAAGGCCGGUUUUGGAAGAGAAAGAAGCUCGACCGACAAACCAGGAUGUACAUCAUCUGGGGUCCAAGUUGUCAUUUUUCCUUGGUUCGAUGGAUGUCCCGAGUGUUGGAGCAGUCAGGGAUGGACAGGGGGUGAAAUCAACGCAUUAGGAGCCUCGCGUUCUCUUAUCGGCCCAACCGCUCCGAUGCUUCCAGAGCCUGUCCAGUCGCAAGGGAGGAGCGUGAUUGGCUUCCGAGUAGAGGCUGGUCUCGGAGGGGGGGUACUUUCCCGAAGUGUACAUUUAACGUGCGGUUAGAGGAUGAUGGUGUCGCAAGCGCGACACCGAGGCCGGGUUGGUGUGUACCCUGAAAAAUGAAAAGAGGGUUGGUUUGUUUGUUGUGGCGUCUCUUGUAUGUCGUGUUGGGUACUCUUUUGUAUUUGUGGUUGGUUUGCCCUUGGUGAGCCGUGGAUGAAGCCACGCGGACAUGACGAAAACGUACACGGCCUGCCUUUGUUGUCUGGACUACGAGGUAUUUCUAUUCAUUGCCUAUGUUUUUUCAUUUUCUAGGCUGUUGUGUUGGAGGUUGGACGUAGGACAAAGAAGGGGGGGGUAAGGAGCGCAUGAGUCCGGGCGGAGCACAUAAAUUUUAGCGCUGGCCGAGUCGUUGGUUUCUGCCAUGAUGCAGCGAUUUGAUUAUGCCUCGCGUGCAAGAACAAGACGGGGGCGUGUUUCGUGUUAUUUGUAACCGAUCCAGCCUACUGUGAGUUGUAGCGUGUCACGUCCAAACCAACGGCUCUUGUACAGCAGUCAAGUCGAGAGAUGAGCGAAAUCAAGAAGUGCACCAAAUACGGAGGAAGCAGACCACCAGU